GGUAGGUACCUAGGUAGGUACCCACUCAAACGCGCCGCGUUUAGUUCAAUUAAGUAGGUAGCCGCAACCUAGCCGCGUUUUGUACCGGCUUUCAAACUUGUAACCUCAACCUAUCAACCUUUCUUUAUCUCUCUUCAAUCGUCCUCUUCCUAUCAAUAAUUGAUAAUUUCUUAGCUACGUUACGUACACGACGUACAUCUUGAGGUUUCCACCAACCCCUCGCAUCCUUCAUACAAUGCGACCGUCCUGAGAUGCCUACCGUGUAACUGUACUCUAGCUUUAUUAGCAGUUGACGUUUUGCGACCAGGCAACACGGCUUUGAUACCAUCUUUCAAACGUCACAGACAUUCUAGAAAUCAUGGCGUCCAAGCGCAAGGCCUCGGCAAUGGCUGCGACCAUCGAUGAAGAACCCGUCGACCCUGCUGAUGAAUUGAUGUUUCUAUGCCUUGGAGGUGGAAACGAAGUUGGUAGAUCAUGUCAUAUCAUCCAAUACAAAGGGAAGACUGUCAUGCUUGAUGCCGGUCAGCACCCUGCAUACGAUGGUCUUGCUGCUCUCCCUUUCUUCGACGACUUUGAUCUGAGUACUGUUGAUGUGCUCCUAAUUAGCCAUUUUCACAUAGACCACGCCGCGUCUCUCCCUUAUGUUUUAGCAAAAACCAACUUCAGAGGCAGAGUCUUCAUGACCCAUCCGACAAAGGCCAUCUACAAAUGGCUCAUCCAAGACAGUGUCCGAGUCGGCAAUACUUCCUCGAACCCUACGUCCCAGCCUGUAUAUACAGAGCAGGACCAUUUAAACACCUUCCCUCAGAUUGAAGCAAUCGACUACCACACCACCCAUACUAUCUCAUCUAUCCGAAUCACCCCAUAUCCCGCCGGCCAUGUGCUAGGCGCAGCAAUGUUUCUCAUAGAGAUCGCAGGACUAAACAUAUUCUUCACCGGAGACUAUUCUCGAGAACAAGAUAGACAUCUUGUCUCCGCCGAAGUCCCUCGAGGUAUCAAGAUCGAUGUCCUCAUCACCGAGUCCACGUAUGGAGUCUCGACGCAUGUUCCUAGGUUAGAAAGGGAGCAAGCAUUGAUGAAAUCUAUCACGAGUAUCCUAAAUCGUGGCGGACGGGUUCUGAUGCCCGUGUUCGCGUUGGGCAGAGCGCAGGAACUGCUUCUGAUUCUAGAUGAAUACUGGGGUAAGCACUCGGAAUUUCAGAAGAUCCCCAUUUAUUACGCCAGUAACUUGGCCCGAAAAUGUAUGGUCGUAUACCAGACCUAUGUUGGAGCCAUGAACGACAAUAUCAAACGCUUGUUCAGAGAGCGGAUGGCCGAAGCAGAAGCUGCAGGAGAUGGUGCGGGUAAAGGAGGUCCGUGGGAUUUCAAGUAUAUCAGAUCACUGAAAAACCUCGAUCGAUUCGACGAUGUCGGUGGUUGUGUUAUGCUUGCAAGUCCUGGUAUGCUACAAAACGGAGUAAGUAGAGAACUGCUAGAGAGGUGGGCACCAAAUGAAAAGAACGGUGUCAUUAUUACAGGUUAUAGCGUCGAGGGCACCAUGGCGAAACAUAUCGUCCAAGAACCUGAUCAGAUCCAAGCUGUCAUGUCAAGAAAUCUCCAUGCAGUCAGGAGAGCGCCUGGUGGUGACGGAGAGAAAGUCAUGAUACCUCGGAGAUGUAGCGUUGCCGAAUAUUCCUUCGCUGCUCAUGUUGAUGGUCAAGAAAACAAGGAGUUCAUCGAAGAAGUUGCAGCCCCUGUAGUUAUUCUGGUGCACGGCGAACAGCACAAUAUGAUGCGGUUGAAAUCGAAACUGCUUUCGUUGAAUGCAGGCAAGGCAGAUAAAGUCAAGGUUUACAGCCCGAGGAAUUGUGAGGAGCUACGAAUCCCAUUCAAGACGGAUAAGGUAGCCAAGGUUGUUGGCAAGCUAGCAUCUAUUCCCCCUCCCCAACAACUACCCAUGCCCGACGACCAAAGUACGGAAUUGAUCGCCGGUGUCAUAGUCCAGAAUGAUUUCAAGAUGUCACUCAUGGACCCAGAAGACUUGAGAGAAUAUGCGGGUCUAACAACUUCGACAAUCGCAUGCCGGCAACGAUUUACAUUAAGUGCAGCUGGCAUCGACCUUAUCAAAUGGGCAUUGGAGGGCACCUUCGGCAAUAUCGAGGAGCUACCAGAGACCAAGAACCGUAAGGAGAACUACGAUGCCGAAGCAAAUGGGAAUGGCAAGCUACCUGAUGCAGACGAGGAAGUUGCACAAUUAGUGGCGGCGUACUUGGUUAUGGGCUGUAUCACGGUGCGAUAUCGCAACAACGGUGAGGUAGAAUUAGAGUGGGAGGGCAAUAUGCUCAACGACGGUAUUGCCGAUGCCGUAAUGGCAGUUCUCUUGUCGGUAGAGAGCAGCCCUGCUGCUGUGAAGCGAUCCGCGAGCAAGCAUCCGCAUUCCCAUGGACUACCGGCCCGAAACCCCCACGCCAACCUGACUCCGGCGGAGCGGCUAGAACGCCUGUUCCUCUUUCUCGAAGCUCAGUUUGGCGCCGACGCCUUGGCUCCCGUAGCAAUUCCGAAGUUGCCGCCUCUAGUUAAGGACAAGAAGCCCAAGAAAUCGGAAGACGACGACGACGACGCCGCUUCAGAUGCUUCUAUGGAGCUAUCAGAUGACGGCGAGGAGGAGGAACGGCUUCUGGAAUUGCGACAGCAGACAGAGCUCGAACGAUUACACAAGAUCGGCAUCCCCGUCCCGGGCGUCACUAUCAAGGUAGAUAAGAUGGUGGCUACGGUCUGGCUAGAAGAUUUAGAAGUUGAAUGCAACCAUAAAGCAUUUGCGGAUAGGGUCAAGGCUGUUGUGGAACGAGCCGUCGAAGUGACGGCCCCCCUGUGGGGCUAAAAGUAUACCUUGGGGUACAUGAAUCCGGAGAAAAGAUAUGCAAUCACCACACGCCUUGUUAUUAAUUGGGGUUGGUUGGUGGCGGCUGAAAAGGGAGACCAGGCCUGGCUAUAUCAGACCUGGAGGACGCCACGGCACAGGCGCGCGCGAGUUCUGAUGAUGGUGUAUAAAGGAGGCUCUACAAGCCUCGUGGCUAGCUAAUCUAUGCGUUUCAUCGCAGUAGCUAUGGAAGUUUAUAAGCCGAACUAUCCGAUCAUCGUGCGAUCUUAGAUCGCAGGUUAUACCCUACAUAGGUAGUAUAAUGUGCAGAUGAUAGAAAUGAUUAGAAGAGCAGGCGUCAACUAAGAGUAAUCUCGCCGAAUUUCAGCGAUGAGAUGCCGAAUUAUAAUCCGUAGACGGGUUUAGAGGGUUAUUUAAACUCCGAAUUACUGAUAUUCAGCCUUGGAGAUGCAUAUCUCUCCUUGUAGUUACUGCACC